AUGGCUAAUGAACGAACAUUUCUAAGUUGGAUCAGAACAGCCAUGACCUUGGUUACAUUCUCCAUUGGAUUUCUUCAAAUCUAUCGAUUAGAUAUGAAAUCAAAUAAUAAAGUGAUAGAUGAAACCACCGGGGAAGAAUACGAUAUUGGUGAUAAAGCUAAUAAAGUAUAUCAAUCCUUAGCUAAACCGAUAUCAACCCUAUGUAUUGUGUUGGGGAUCUUAGGAUGUAUAUUUGGAUUAAUAAGAUAUUUCCAAGUUCAAUUCUUAUUAAUCCGGAAUUACUUUCCUGCUACAAGAUUAUUUAUUAUCAUAUUGAUUAUAAUUAAUUUAGCCAUGUUGAUAUUGUUGAUUUUGUUGGAUAUAAAGUUAACUAUAUAG